GUUGGCCCCGCCCCUAAGUGACGCAUGCGUGGAGGAUAUGUUCUUCGCAGCAAAGUCCUCCUUUACUCCACACACGCUUCUAAGCCUCGGCACAUCUACUAACUACACUUUAUUCAUCCUCCGUGUCAGCAUCAACUCCACUCGUCUCACUCAACUUUGGACAUUAUUAGGCCCGCUUAGAUUGCUCCUUGUUUGAGCGCGCUAGUUAGCUUAGCCUGCUAGUUAGCUUAGCUUGUUAGCCGCUAACAAAGAGACGCGGAUUUGAUCAACACAUCGCUUAGUUAAGAUCAAGUGUGAGUGUAAAGUGUUGUGAUUGUGUGGAAAUGUGUGAAAGAACCAUAGCAGAGUACGAGGAGGAACUUUGUCCAACUAAAGAGGAGAAGGAGCGACCACAUCAAAAACCUCAAGUUGUGUUACACAGAACAGACGUUCAGCAGCCCCCUCACAUUAAAGAGGAAGAGGAGAAUCCACAGCCCCCCCACAUUAAAGAGGAAGAGGAGAUACCACAGCCCCCCCACAUUAAAGAGGAAGAGGAGGAAGUGUGGAUCAGUCAGGAAGGAGAGUGUCCUGUAGGGCAGGAGGAGGCUGAUGUCAGCAAGUUUCCACUGACUGUUGUCUCUGUGAAGACUGAAGAGCAUGAAGACAAACCACCUGAGUCCUCACAGCUUCAUCACAGUCCAAACGUCCAGCAGGUGUCAGCAGAGAGUCAUGAAGAGAUCCCCUCCAAGCAGCAGGAGUGGAGCUCCAGUGUGGGACAGAAGGAGCUACAGACCCCCUCCCACAUUAAAGAGGAAGAGGAGGAACUGUCGAAGCAGCUUCAAAUGUUGGUGGAGGAUAAUGAUGAAGCUGAAGCUCAGUCCUUACAGCUUCAUCACUGUCAAAGUGAGGAGAACAGAGGGGCGGAGCUUGUAAGUCAACACAUCACAGAAGCUGAUGGAGAGCAUUGUGAAGAUAUAAAGUCAGAACCAGACAGCAUCUUUGCUCCACUGUCAGACAUGGACCACAUGAUGUCAGACUCUUCUGAUCACAGUGACCACAUCCAAAAACCUUUGAAGAGUAAAAAUGACUCUAAAGGUGAUACGAGACAUCACACUAACAACAAACACUUUGACUGCUCUGAAUGUGGGAAAUCAUUUAGACACAAGAGUUAUAUUACAAUACACAUGAGAAUACAUACUGGAGAGAAACCUUUUAUUUGCUCUGUCUGUAAGAAGAGUUUUUCCAUUAAGCCUGCCAUGACCAGACACAUGAGAACACACACUGGAGAGAAACCUUUUACUUGCUCUGUUUGUAAGAAGAAUUUUUCCAGAAAGUCUAACAUGUCCUCACACAUGAGAACACAUACUGGAGAGAAACCUUUGACUUGCUCUGUUUGUAAGAAGCGUUUCUCCACAAAGCAAAAUAUGGUCACACACAUGAGAACACAUUCUGGAGAAAAACCUUUUACUUGCUCUGUUUGCAAGAAAUGUUUCUCCAGAAAGCCUGACAUCUCCAUACACAUGAGAACACACACUGGAGAGAAACCUUUUACUUGUUCUGUUUGUAAGAAGAGUUUCUCCACAAAGUCUAACAUGUCCUCACACAUUAAAACACAUACUGGAGAGAAACCUUUGACUUGCUCUGUUUGUAAGAAGCGUUUCUCCACAACGCAACAUAUGAUCACACACAUGAGAACACAUACUGGAGAGAAACCUUUUACUUGCUCUGUUUGUAAGAAGUCUUUCUCCAGAAAGCCUGACAUCUCCAUACACAUGAGGACACACACUGGAGAGAAACCUUUUACUUGUUCUGUUUGUAAGAAGAGUUUCUCCACAAAGUCUAACAUGUCCUCACACAUGAGAACACAUACUGGAGAGAAACCUUUGACUUGAUCUGUUUGUAAGAAGACUUUCUCCACGAAGCCUAACAUGACCGCACACAUGAGAACACAUACUGGAGAGAAACCUUUUAUCUGCCCUGUUUGCAAGAAGCAUUUCUCCACAAAGCUUGUCAUGACCACACACAUGAGAACACACUGGAGAAAAACCAUUUAGUUCAACUGUUUGUGCAUAAGUUAUCAGGUCAGUAAACACAAGUGUGUAACAGUCAUGGAAGCUGCAGGGAUUUAAAAACACUUAGUGAUUGUGCUAAAUGUACUUUAAAAACACAGCAUGUUUAAUAUGAAUGUAUAUUUGAUGUUGUAUGUAGUGCCUCUCAUCUUCUACUGUUAAAUUUAAAGGCCUACUGAAAGCCACUACUACCGACCACGAA